UUUUGACAACUGCGACGUAAUAUCUUAGCAAGAUUCGAAUGUUAGUAGUGGAUUAGUGGUGAAAAGCGCGUGGGCUCUGGGCUGUGAGCUGCCCGUAACAAUAGUCUGAAAUGAUAAUCGCGUUAAAAAAAGUUUAAAUUGUAAACUUGAGAGAGGAUAUAAAAACAUGAACAGUAGCACUGUACCAAAAGUUGCCACUCCUGGUUGGAAUGAUCCACCACAGCUUUCGUAUGACCCAUCAAGGCCUCAACAAACAGCAUCAGGAAGAGCUAAACUGACAAAGAGGGUGGCAUUCCCAAUACAAGGAGCAGAGCAGACAUCAUCACAGAGAGUUCAGACAGUACUUCCUCCUUUGUCAGCUCCACCUGUUAGCUCUGUUACGUUGGACAAAAGUAAAGAAACUGAGGCUUGCAGGCCUGAAGAAUUAAGUAUUUCAAAUGAACAGUGUUCAAAGGUGGUCAGAAACCUCUCUGAAUGCCUGGACCGCAGUGGUUGUGACAGGGAUAUGAAAUAUGACUUCAAGAUGAGAAUUAAAUGUUUUGAGUCUCAGUGGAAAGAAAAUAAAUUUCCAGCAGAUUUAAAAGAAAAAUUGCUAAGGCUCUCUGAAGCACUUGUUGACAAGAAUGACGAAACAGCAGAAGACCUAUUGAAGUACGUGUUGGAGAAUUUUGCUAGCAUAGCAUCUGGAUGGAUCCCAGUAAUAAGCCAUAUCCUGACUGUGAUGGAUUCCACCACAUGAAGAAGAAAAAUGCAAACAGUAUUUGUGUAACUGAAAAUGAGUGUGGAUGUUUAUUGUGUUAUUGAAAUGAGGCAUGUUGAAAGAUACAAUUUAACAUUUUUCUUUUAUGAAUUUAUUUAUGCUGGAGUGUAAGCAAAGAAUGUAUUAUAUUGUAUUCCUGAACACCAUUGUUCAUUGUAUUUUGAGUGGAACUGGAUGUUGGGUCAAUUCCAUCAAACUGUUUCUCACUCUUGUUUCUUUUUUAUUUACAGUUAGGUAACUUUUUAUGUUAAGAAUAAAAACAGUAAAAAUUAAUUAAUGUCACAUAAGUGAAAUAAUAUGAAUAAAGCAGUGUAAGAUAAAACAAAAAGUUAAUUUGAAAGCACUGUCUCACUUUUGAAUCUGAAAUUGAUAUAUUAUUUUAGAAAAAAAAUCAGUAUUUUGUGCUCAUCUAUUUUCAGUUGGUAGCACUAACAAAUGAAAUAACCGAUCCUAGCACAUGGAAGUAGUUUUCUUAUCAUUUUUAUUGUGGAAAAAGGAAAUAGCUCUUUCUGCAAAAAUCAUGUGUAGUGUUGAAUAAAUCCGAGCUGCUGUACAUAUGUUAAGGUAACUCAAUGGCAGUGUUCUAGGUUUUACUGGUAACAGCUCUAAGUCUCAUACACCAGACAAUAUCAAUAUUGGUACUUAAUAUGAAUUUCUUACUAACAUUAAUUAUGAUAGAAACAGAGGAGAUGAUCAUUAGUACAGCCCCAAUUUCAUGAACUAAAAAACUGUAAAAUAUGCAAGUAUUCAUGAGCUAAAAUGUAUAUAAAUAUGGCCUUAAAAUGAAAUAUGACAUUAUAA